ACAUUUUUAAAUUUUAACCGCCAUUUUUACCACUGUACAGGGAUUGGCGGAUGCUUUCAAGGAUUAUGAACUUUGAAGUUGCUCUCGAAACGACGACGAUAUUUACGGCUGCCGGCUGCUGCUGCUCACUUGGACCGUGUUUUAUUCCGCACACACUCACAUAUGGAUCGGGGGUAACUUUGGCCCCGCCCUCGCAGUCUCUGCUCUUGUGAUGCUGUGUGUGUGCACACUCAGGAGAGCUCCUCCUUUUUCUCUCUUGAAUAACAAAUCACUCCCCUCAACCACCCACCUUUCUUUCUCUCUCCCCACCCGAAACUUUUAUGAUAGAUAUAUAGUUGAUAGAUAUGGACUCGACUGGGCCUAGAUCUUAUCCGGCAAGGUUAGAGUGUACACAUGUAUAUCCGCCAGCGUGUGUGCUCUGCGUGUCAAUUUUGCGAUCUGUGAUCGAGUGAAAUUUGUCAUUUUCUAUUCAUUUUUCCAAAGCGCUAAAUUUAAAAAUUCAAAUUUCCCGCCGUUGAAUUAAGAAGUUAAAAAAGUAGCGGUUUUUGUAUUUUUAAAUUGAAAGUGAUAUAACAGGCCUGUCCUAGUCAUGUUGGAUGUGACGAAAGAAGAGCCGGAGCAAGUGGCGGAAGAUUCCGUCAGUUGCGAUCCCAUUAGCGGAUCAUCGGAUCGUCACCAACACCACCGUCACGAGCCGACUAUAAUGAAACCUUAUUUGAAAUUUGGUGUGAGCGCUAUCUUGGGACUGGACAUUCAGCCGCGGACUCCGUCACCAAUAGACAAUGGAUCGUCUCCUCUGCUCCGGCCGGAAGAGUCGCCGCAGCCGUUGGACAUGAAAACGGAACUGUUUCAUCACCACCACAUCCCCCACCUUCACCACCACCAUUCGUCGUCGUUGGUUGGCGACCCAAAGGCCCCAAAUGUCACGACAUUUCAUCCCGUUUAUCAUCUGCAUUCCUAUUUCCAUCCGCUCAUCCAGCAGCAGCAGCAGCCAGCUCAUUCGGCCAACAAGCCCAACUACUCAGAUCGGCUAGAAAUCCGUGCUGGAUUGAGUGGUGAUCCAGUGGUGACAUCAGCCCGUCACCACCACGCGUCCAAUUUGGUGGCAUCCACUUCUUCAUCGACUUAUCCGUGGCUGCAAGCGGCGGCCGCCGCUGCAGCCGCUGCUUGUGUCACUAGUCAUAUGGCUAAUUCCCUUCCGGUUUACAAUCCAUCGAUGGUUCAGCAACAAUCACAACAGCAGCAGCAACAACCUCAACCGCCACCACCUCCUCCGCCGCCCCCUCAAUCUUCUUCGGGAUUGAAUCAUUCGUCACCUUAUUACAAUUUCAAUGUCAUCAACCUGGCGGCCGCCGUGUCUGGAGUGUCCGGCAACGGUGGAGGAGGUCCAGGCCCUGGAAACAUGAACUCCACCAAUCGUCCAAGAGCCCGUCGAGGAAUGAUGAGACGGGCAGUGUUUUCCGAACUGCAGCGCCGCGGACUGGAACGCCGUUUUCAAAUUCAAAAGUACAUUUCCAAACCGGAACGCAAGAAAUUAGCCGAGAAAUUAGGACUCAAAGAUUCUCAGGUGAAAAUCUGGUUCCAGAAUCGUCGGAUGAAGUGGCGUAAUUCCAAGGAGCGCGAAUUGCUUGCCAACGGCGGAUCGAGAUCGCAGACGCUUCCGACCAAAAACAAUCCUCAUCCGGAUUUGAGCGACUCGGAGAUUGAAAGAGCCGCUCGCCAUACGUCGUCGUUCCAUCACUUGAAGUUGACACAACAACAACCGACGCCAGCGAACGAAUCGAUUAGCGCCACCUGUUGCGCCGAUGAAAUCCGUUAAAGUAUUUUUCAUUUUUCCACUUUUACUAAAAAGGGAAAAACAAGAAAAAUUGACGACAAACAACAUCAUCAUUUCUCUAUUCCCCCCUCCUAUUGUUGUCCCGAGGCUAUUAUUUAUUAUUAUUAUAAAUAAAAUUUAAACCCAAGUGUCAUUUGCGUUUCUCUCAAUGUUUUCCCCCCCAUAUUUUGUUCAUCAUUUCAAUGUGCCAAUAAUUUCCCUAUUCAAAUCUAGUAAAAAAAAAGUCAACGUCAAAUAAAAGAAUAAACAGUA